AUGAGUUCAUUAUUCAAAUCCAAGACGACAUUCGACCCCAUCUACAGCCUGCUGAACGCUGACGAGGAUAAGGAACGGGAUGAGCUGACUCAAAGAUGGAAGGACAAUAAGCUACAAGAACUAUCGUUUAUUGGUGUUGUGGGAGGUCUUCUUGCCAACGUCCUCACCUCGACCAACUCCUGGCCGGAUGUGCUUCAGAACGGACGCAGUACCCCUUGGGUCGUUCGUUCUUGCUGGUUCUGCGGGAUAAUAUUCGCGCUAGCUUCGGUCUUGACGGCGGCAUCGCAGUCGAUUCGACUCCACCGCAUGUCAUGCCGUCCCGACGCCAACGCCAGCAUCCGCGGCCUCCUCGGCAUCAAGAGUCUCAAGUCAAACGGCGAGAAGAUCCCAAGACGAGCUCAAGUCUGGAUCUGGCAAAUGGGUGUGCUCUACCUCAUGAUCAGCGUCCUGUUCAUGAUCAUAGGCAUGCUUGCCCUCGUUUGGGCCGCAGUUGGCGGUCAGAACUGGUGGAAUGGCCAGGCUCAACUUGCCAUCACUUUUUCCGUCGCAGCUGCUGUGGUCGCCGGACUGUUCGUGUGGGAGCAGGUGAACUUAUUUGCUUGGGACGAGUCGAGUGAGGGGUCUAGCGUGAGGCUGUCUUAG